AUGACGAAUCGACAAGAUGAAAAUGCAAACCUUUCAAAUUCACAAAAAGUUGUUACUUCAUUGUUUGCUGGUGCUUGUGCAGGCGCUGUAGCAAAGACCACUAUUGCACCAUUCGAUCGAGCUAAAAUUAAUUUUCAAGUCAGAGCCGAUAAAUUCAGUUAUCGUCGUUGCUUUAAAUUUUUAAGAGAAUCAUAUGUAAAUGAAGGUUUUAUUAGUUGGUAUCGUGGAAAUUCAGCCAAUUUAGUUCGUGUUAUUCCUUCUGCAGCUAUUAAUUUUGCAGCACAUGAACAAUGGAAACGUGUUCUAGGCACAGAUAAACAUGAAAAAACUCCCGGUCGACGAUUUAUUUCUGGUUCCCUAGCAGGUGUUACGUCUGCAACUACCACUUAUCCACUUGAUUUAGCAAGGGCUCGAAUGGCUGUAACAAACAAGUCCGUGUACAGUAAUUUAUUUUCUGUCUUUCUAAGCAUUCUACGGAAUGAAGGUGUCACAGCUUUAUAUCGUGGAGCACUUCUAUCCAUAGUUGGUGUAUUACCCUAUUCUGGUUUUGUGUUCUUUACUUAUGAAACCUUGAAGCAUAUGCGUACAGAUUAUGAUUCUCAUCGUCCUAUUAAUAAAAUUGAAAGAAUGUUAUUUGGUGCUACUGCUGGCCUUGUUGGUCAAACAGCAUCGUAUCCAUUCGACGUUAUUCGACGUCGAUUGCAAACAGCUGCAGUUAUUCGACCUGAAGAAGCAUCUCUUGGAGCUAUAGCAACAGCGCGUAAAAUAAUUCGUGAAGAAGGAAUAAGACGAGGUUUAUAUAAAGGUGUGACGAUGAAUUGGCUGAAAGGGCCUAUAUCCGUUGGAGUAUCAUUCAUGACUUUUGAUACUUUAUUAAAAUUAAUCCGUCGAUCGUUUAUAUUUACUCAGAGUUAA